UCUGUGCCACUUCUUCGACAACCCAGGGCCGUGGGCGCUCCUCCCACUGCAUACGUCACUGCCCCUUGUCUCCUCCCACCACUCCGGCGCCGUGGGUGAGGUCAGUGCCGCGCGCCUGUCACCCAGGCUUCCCUCCUGUUCGCGCUGAGCUGUAAUCAAGGCCCUGCUACACAGGGAGACAGGCGGUGCUCUUGCUACUGGUCCCUCGCUUCCUUCUCCUGAAAGGGGCUUUUGCCGCCUGUUCGGCCGGCCCGUGGUGCCCUGUGCUGCGAAGCCAUGGAGCUAGCGGACGGCGUGGUGUACCAGGAGGACCCGGGCGGCCCCGGCCCGGCCAUGAUGUCGGAGCGGGUGUCGGGGCUAGCGGGCUCAAUUUACCGCGAGUUCGAGCGGCUCAUCGGGCGCUACGACGAAGAGGUGGUGGCCGAGCUGAUGCCGCUGGUAGUGGCAGUGUUGGAGAACCUGGACUCCGUCUGCGCCCACAGCCAGGAAACCAGCGUGGAGCUGGAGCUGCUGCGGGACGACAACGAGCAGCUUCUCACCCAGUACGAGCGGGAGAAGGCACUGCGUAAGCAGGCCGAGGAGAAAUUUAUUGAAUUUGAAGAUUCUCAAGAACAAGAAAAAAAGGAUCUGCAGAUAAGAGUGGAAGCUUUAGAAUCACAAACCCGGCAGCUUGAACUGAAAGCAAAAAACUAUGCCGAUCAAAUUAGCAGACUGGAAGAGAGGGAAGCAGAAUUGAAGAAAGAAUACAACGCUCUUCAUUCAAGACACACAGAGAUGAUUCAUAAUUACAUGGAGCACUUGGAAAGAGCCAAACUUCAUCAACUGACGGGGGGUGAUCAGCUAGAACCCAUCAUGCACAGUAGAAUUAGCAGGAAGGAACCUCCCAUAUCAUUGGGCAUCUUCCCACUACCUCCAGGAGAGGCACUUCUUACACCUGAUAAUCAGAGAGGAACAGUGGAAACUCCUGGGUCAGACAAUUGGAAGUUCCGUGAACUAAGUCAGCCACGUUCCCGCACCAGCCUAAAGGAUGAACUUUCUGAUGUUAGCCAAGCAGGUUCCAAAUGUACUACACCAGUCUUAACUGCUGCUUCAGAUGUGCUUGCGCCUGCUGAAUCCCCCUUGAAUGAACACAAGGAAGGGCUUGUGAAGAACUCUGAUACAGAAAACAAGAACAUUGAAGUGCAAGUAGCCCAAGAAACAAGAAGUGUGUCCACUGGUUCAAAUGAAAAUGAAGACAAAUCUGAAGUUCAGGCAAUCAUCGAAUCCACUCCUGAGUUGGAUAUGGAUAAAGACCUUAGUGGAUAUAAAGGUUCAAGCACACCUACCAAAGGCAUAGAAAACAAAGCGUUUGAUCGUAAUACGGAAUCACUCUUUGAAGAACUGUCUUCUGCUGGCUCUGGUCUCAUUGGAGAUGUGGAUGAAGGAGCAGACCUACUGGGAAUGGGUCGUGAAGUUGAAAACCUUAUCUUAGAAAACACGCAAUUGCUAGAAACCAAAAAUGCCCUGAAUGUGGUGAAGAAUGACUUAAUAGCAAAAGUAGAUGAACUAACCUGUGAGAAAGAUGUACUCAAAGGAGAGCUGGAAGCUGUAAAACUGGCCAAGCAAAAGCUUGAAGAGAAGAAUAAGGAACUGGAAGAAGAACUUAGAAAAGCCCGAGCAGAAGCAGAAGAAGCAAGGCAAAAAGCAAAGGAAGAGGAUGAUAGUGAUAUUCCUACUGCUCAGAGAAAGCGAUUCACUCGGGUUGAGAUGGCCCGCGUCCUCAUGGAAAGAAAUCAGUAUAAAGAGCGGCUAAUGGAGCUCCAAGAAGCAGUGCGAUGGACUGAGAUGAUACGGGCAUCACGAGAAAAUCCAGCCAUGCAAGAGAAGAAGAGAUCCAGCCUUUGGCAGUUUUUUAGCAGGCUAUUCAGCUCAUCAGGCAAUACUGCCAAGAAACCAGAACUGCCAGUUAAUGUUAAGUACAAUGCUCCAACCUCACACAUUACUCCGUCAGUCAAGAAAAGAAGCAGCACUUUAUCUCAGCUGCCUAGUGACAAAUCGAAAGCCUUUGAUUUCCUCAGUGAAGAGUCUGAGGCCAGUCUUGCCUCACGUAGAGAGCAGAAGAGAGAACAAUACCGCCAAGUGAAAGCACAUGUUCAGAAGGAAGAUGGUAGAGUACAAGCUUUUGGUUGGAGUCUUCCUCAGAAAUAUAAACAGGUUGUAAAUGGUGGUGGCCAGGGUGAUAACAAGAUGAAGAACUUACCUGUGCCUGUUUACCUAAGACCACUUGAUGAAAAGGAUACAUCUAUGAAGCUGUGGUGUGCUGUAGGCGUUAAUCUAUCAGGAGGAAAGACACGAGAUGGAGGUUCAGUGGUUGGUGCCAGUGUGUUCUACAAUGAUGUGGCAACACUAGAUGCAGACAGCAACAAACAGAGAAGUGCAUCGCAGAGUAGUUUGGAUAGAUUAGAUCAAGAACUCAAGGACCAUCAGAAAGAGCUGAAAAAUCAGGAAGAAUUAUCGAGCCUUGUAUGGAUCUGUACUAGCACCCACUCUGCUACAAAAGUUAUCAUUAUAGAUGCUAACCAGCCAGGAAACAUCCUAGACAGUUUUAUUGUUUGCAAUUCUCAUGUACUUUGUAUAGCUAGUGUACCAGGAGCCCGGGAAACUGACUAUCCUACAGGAGAAGAAGGGUCACAAGAACUGGAUUCAGGUCUGGUGGAUAAGUCAUCCUUGUCUGGCAGUAUGAAUAGCAACAGCUCAGCAGAAACAGACAGUCUUUUAGGAGGAAUCACAGUAGUUGGUUGUACAGCGGAGGGUAUUACAGGGCCUUCUGCUGCCCACAGUGCCAAUGGUGCCUCACCUGAGGCAAAUAAACAGCCAGAUCUCACAGCUGAGAAUGAUGCAGUAGAUGAGAAUGUUCAGACAGCAGAGGAAGCAACUGAGGCAACAGAAGGCAAUGCUGGCUCAGGAGAAGAUGUUGCAGAUAUUGCACAAACUGGAGUCUACACAGAACACGUCUUCACAGAUCCUUUGGGAGUUCAGGAUACUAUAGAGGAUUCCCCAGCAUUUCAGCCUAGCAACGACUCAGAUUUAUAUAAGGAUGUUGCUGUAUUGCCUAAUGAGCAGGAUCUCGUAAGAGAAGAAGCACAGAAAAUGAGCAGUCUUUUACCAACAAUGUGGCUUGGAGCACAGAAUGGAUGCUUAUAUGUUCAUUCUUCAGUGGCUCAGUGGAGAAAAUGUGUUCAUGCAAUUAAACUUAAAGAUUCUAUACUCAGUAUAGUACAUGUAAAAGGAAUAGUAUUAGUUGCACUAGCGGAUGGAACUUUAGCAAUAUUUCACAGAGGUGUAGAUGGACAAUGGGACUUGACAAACUAUCACCUUCUAGAUUUGGGCCGACCUCACCAUUCAAUCCGGUGUAUGACUGUGGUACAUGAUAAAGUUUGGUGCGGCUACAGAAACAAAAUCUAUGUAGUCCAGCCAAAAGCCAUGAAAAUAGAGAAAUCAUUUGAUGCACAUCCAAGGAAGGAGAGCCAAGUGAGACAACUGGCCUGGGUGGGAGAUGGAGUGUGGGUGUCAAUUCGUUUAGAUUCCACACUCCGCCUUUAUCAUGCACACACUUACCAACAUCUACAAGAUGUCGACAUUGAGCCCUAUGUAAGCAAAAUGUUAGGUACUGGAAAAUUGGGGUUUUCAUUUGUGAGAAUUACAGCUCUUAUGGUAUCCUGUAAUCGGUUGUGGGUUGGGACAGGCAAUGGUGUCAUCAUCUCCAUUCCAUUAACAGAAACUGUAAUCCUCCACCAGGGACGUUUACUGGGGCUGAGGGCUAACAAAGCAGCAAUGGGUUCUGGCAAUCGUCCAGGCAGUGUCAUACGUGUAUAUGGUGAUGAAAACAGUGAUAAAGUGACACCUGGAACCUUCAUACCUUAUUGUUCAAUGGCACAUGCACAGCUUUGUUUCCAUGGGCAUCGCGAUGCUGUUAAAUUCUUCGUUGCAGUACCUGGUCAGGUUAUUUGUCCCCAGACCGGAGGAGGUCCAGAGCUGUCUGGUGAUAAAGCUACCCUAUCGACACAGGAAUCUAACAGCCAAGUUCCUUUAAAAUCCAUGUUGGUGAUAAGUGGAGGAGAAGGAUACAUUGACUUCAGGAUGGGUGAUGAAGUUGGUGAAUCAGAAAUCCUUGGAGAGGCACUACAACUUGAGCCUUCUGUAGCCAAAGCUGAGAGGAGCCACUUGAUAGUGUGGCAAGUUAUGUGUGGCAGUGAAUAAGCCUUUCCCCCUGAAAAUGGCUUGGGACUGCAAAAGCUGUUGCAUGUCUUUGGUUCUGUUUUAUUUCUGUGGAACCCAUUUCACUACAUCUGAGCAUUUCUUUCCCACUUGACUUUGUAUCUCAAACCUUAACAAUACAAGAAUUAGCUUGUGCUGUUUUACUGCAUCAGUGUUAUGUAGCAAGAACAAAUUGGUUUCCUUAAACAGACAAAUGCUGUAUUUAGUCUCCCAAAUGCAGCUUACUGUAUGCCCCACUGCAAUACAUUUUUAUGGUGUCACUUUCUACCAUAGGUUAAGUUUAAACAUCUUGAAUUCAUCUGUACAAAUUUAUUAACUAAAACAGCAAAGUUACUUCCAAUGUAGUAUUUCAAAAAUAUCAGAUGAAAUAUAUUCAAGUGAUACUCUAUACAUUCAGUGAGGGUUAAAACAAGUUGUACAUUUUUAUUUGUUCAUUUCUGAAUUCUACCAAUCUUGUUUACCCUGGUGUAUUGGAUGUACUGUUUAUAUCAAGCCCUGAGCUGAUAACAUAAGUUGCUUGUUUAAUUGCUAAUAGCACUAAAGAUGAGAAGUACUGCCCUUAAUAAUGAGAAUUGUGAUAUUUUAUGGGAAGAACCUUUUCCUAGUUUCCGUACCUGAGAUUACUUGGAAACAUCUUGCUUAAUCUCAAAGGACAUUCUUGAACAAAAUAAUUUGCAACCUUCUUGUAUGCUCCUUGAGCAGAGGAUGGUUACUUUUGCACACCUAUCAUCUUGGACCCUAGCUGGUCAGAUACAGGACACUUGACAUAAAAAUACUCGAACAGGGAGCAAAAUAGGUGAUAGCUUUAACUGCUCAAGUGAGAGAAAGGGAAAAGUCACCCCUAAUUAGGUUUAAAAUGAUUUAUUUUUCAUAGUCCGUUUAGCUAUUAUGUGAAAUUAUAGGUGGAGAGUUGCAGAUAACUUGCAUUGGUGUAAUCACUUAUGCUAAUGGGACAGCAUCAGUGUAGAUGGUCUUGAGGUCUACCCCCAAGUCUUAGGAAACAGAAAUAACUUCAUACAACUCAUUCUGUCUUACUAAGCUUUGGAUUGACUGCCUUUGCUACAGAUUUACUGACCUGAUGGCAAAACUAAGCUGAAUGCUAUCCUUUUAAUUCUUUAAAGGGUAUAGCAGUUGCCUAAUAUUUCAUUUUUUGGAAAAUAUGAAUUAAAACAUUAACUUUCAGCUAGUACACACCAAGAGACUGGGCUCUUCCCAUUAGAUGGGAGCAGAUUGAAGUGACAGAAUGGAAGAAUUUCAAGAGUGUCAAAUGACAACAAAAAAUAGAAACAGUCUUGAAAAACUGCCUAAACAUUUUUAUGCAAUUGGAGCAGUUUGUGAUUUGUCAAGGAAACAUGUAUUUAUAUAUAUAUAUAUAUACACAUAUAUAUACAUAUAUACACACACAUUAAUUUUUUAAAAAUCAUGUUAAGCUAAUGUCUAUUGUGUAAAUAUUUAUUUAGGCAGCUUUUUAAAAAAAGAAAUGAGCAUCUUACCUGAUUAAAAUUUUUAGUAAAACUACAUUCAGGUCUAUUGGUUAUAGAUUUAUAUGUAUAAAUACUUUUUAAGCACCAUAUUUUGUACACAACUGAUAAGUUCUGGUAAGUAUGUAUUUACAUCAUUAAAUGUGUGGUUAAAAUUAUUGAAUGUCUAAUAUCUUGGUAAUAGAUUUUUUUCCCCUCCAAUAUGCCAAAAGUGAUAAUGAUCACAGUUUACUCAACAUUUUCAAAUGGUUCAACUGUGUUCAGAAAAUUGAAGAAAAAGAACCCUGAUCUAAAAACCUAUGGAAGAUCCCAAGAAGCAUGUAGCUUUUUUCUCUUUAUUUUCCAGAAAGUGUCCAUGUGCGUACAUAUACACACACGUCCCACUUGUUUGUGUUGCAAAUUCAAGCACUUGUUGAACAUGGGAGAGUAUAAAAAUCAAUUGGGAGAUGUUCAGGGGAAAAGUAGACAUUUUGCUGCGUGUGCCUAACUCAGCACAAAUGAUUGCUAUCAAGACACGCAUUUUGGAUUGUUUGCUGCCCUCCAAGCAGUCUUAGCUGUGUUUACGGCUUGUAAUAUUGAUUGUCCAAGCAAAAUGUUUCUUCACAGUUGCAUGAGCCCAUCACUUUUAAGUCCUGUACCUUAGUUGGCCCCUUUGGACUCCUUACAUUGAUGGUCAUGAUUUCUUGAAAAUAUUCUCCAUAUCGUUCGGUAGUGUAAGCAGGAGGUCACUAGGUUGAAUUGCCACAUUCAGAUUCUUGGAAAGAGAAACGAGAUUUCUUUUUCUUUUUGUGUGUUGCUUUCAUUUUAAAAAAUAUUUAAUGAGCUAUUUCUCUGCUUUACUGCUGUCAGACCACAGAUGCAUCUGGGUAGCAUUUUUAAUAGCUUACCAGAUGUAGUGGGUAAACUGCCAUUCUGUUAUCAUUUGAUCAGCUGCUAUUCACAGCAGAGGAGACAAGAGACCAGUAGAGACUUGUGCUAUUAGUGCAAGUGAGGAAUUGGCAUACAUUCUUCUUCCCUUGUUCAUUUUUAAAUGUAUCCCUUGUCCUAAGGAAUAGCAGGUUUAGAAGGUGGGUAUCAUCAUCAUUCACUGAGAUGUAUACACUCCCUGUUCCAGAGCACUUUUUAAUGAUAGGUGGUAAAACUUACUAAAUUUCAUGCACCAAAUGAUUGCCUAAAAAAAUCUGUUUGGAGAAUGUCUUAUGUAUCACAUACUCAUAGUUCUAAAAUCAGAAGUUGGAAUGAAUCUCUUGAUAGUUAACAGCUUUGUUAAUAAUUCAAGAGAGCAUUUCAGGCACAAAAAUAUGCAGCACAUGAUCUGUCUAGGUAAAUGUGUCUUGCAUGGUAAAAAGUAAAAUGAAUUUUUUAUAUAUCCUGCCAUAUUGUCCAUUUAUUGUAAGGUCUUCCUGCAUUGGAUCAAUUAGAGCUGGCAGAGUGUAGACACUUUAUCAUAUGCUGCCUUAGUAACUACAAAAUGUUUUUAUAAUCUAAUAUGCUAAUUAUUCUAAAGAACACGGUGUCUUGAAGAUAAUGUGUAACUGAAUAUUUAUUUCCAUGUGAGUAUUAUGAAAGUUACCAAAGGACUGAAACUGACUUGGCACUCUUGCAGUUGACCCUGCGCAUAAAGGAUCUUGUAAAGAUCCUAAAUUUGUAAAAAUGACACAGGGGGAAAAACACAUUUCUUUGUGGAUGCUAACUUUAUUUUCCUAACAGGGUUAUGCCAUAUUGUAACAACCCACGUUGAACCUCCAAACAUUGUUCUAUACACUAAUUAUUUUUCCUUCUAACAAUUUCUUUGUUGCACAUUUCUUAAUCUUUUAAACAGGAUUUAACACAUUUUACAAUCUUUAAUUUUUUGAAAAUGUUGUCUAGACACUUUAUGCUGAAUUUUACUUGCCUCUGUAACCUUGAGAUGGAUACUGCAGCAUUAAAUUUGCUGUCUGUUUAAAACUUGAGGCUUCUUUCUGUGAGCCAGAAAGCUCAUAUAGCAGUGAAGUUAUUUCAGUAUUUAUUAUUGAAUCCUUGGGGUUCAGAAUGUAACUUUGUACAUGAAACAUAUAUAAAUAUGUAUA